AUGGAGCACUAUGCCACUAUGGGAUCGCUUUCCGAAGUGUUCCACGGAAUACCAGGUCUGUCGUAUGAUCGUAUCUGCCGAAGCCAUCUCCGCGGUUGUGCCACAAUGGCUGGUAUUGUCGCUAUCAUCAUUGACAUAGGAGGAGGGGAAUCAGAUCGGAUCCCAAUGCGUCUGCUUGCUGUCUUUGUUCAGUCUACUGUCAGCAACACAUCUUCCACCUUUGAACGCGAUUUCGACUUCAACAUCGUCCAAAUCGUUCUGGCCGUCUCAAAUGGAGAUUGUGAGCGCAAGAACAAGCUUCUGACGACACUCUCGCAACGCCAAGCCUACAUACCUGACACCACUGACACCAUUACGAAUGCAUACAUCCAUCGACAUACGGAAUCGAGGAGGGAUAUCCUACUGCGUUUUGGUCAGGAGCACAGCGCCAGAGCAAAAAGAUUAAGGUUGCCAUCGUGGAACCUCCUUUCACCUAGCCACCUUGACCAAUUUCAUAGCCAAAAGGACGAGCUCCCCACCUGGUUCGAACAAGGUUCUGCAAUCCCACGCUCUACCACUGAGCUAGGAGAGCGUAAUGUUAACGGUCAAAGGGUUCCGUCUGAUCCACUAUAUAUAACCCUACAAAAUGCUCCAGCUGACUCCCGCGCGUGCGGUCAUUCAGAUGGGCAGCCGCACGUGCGGUCAUUCAGAUGGGCAGCCGCACGUGCGGUCAUUCAGAUGGGCAGCCGCACGUGCGGUCAUUCAGAUGGGCAGCCGCACGUGCGGUCAUUCAGAUGGGCAGCCGCACGUGCGGUCAUUCAGAUGGGCAGCCGCACGUGCGGUCAUUCAGAUGGGCAGCCGCACGUGCGGUCAUUCAGAUGGGCAGCCGCUAAAAUGGAGGUUGUGUACAUCGUAUAUUAUACUGGUGUACACCCAUAG